AUGACUGAUGUGGCCGAGCGGCAUGCAGGGCGUCUUCUAAAAUGGGCGGUGGAGCUCGGCGAGUAUGACAUCGAGGAUGUGGAUCUCGAGCAACCUUCUGAAGGAUGGGUCCUGCACGUGGACAGAUUGGCCAACUCAAACGGUGCCGGCGCGGGGCUGGUGCUACUAGCUCCCGACGGGCGAUCAUUCGAGCGUUCCCUCCGCUUUGGGUUCCAAGCCACUAACAACGAGGCGGAAUACGAGGCACUCCUAGCAGGACUCAGGUUGGCCCUCGAAAUGCAAGUGGUUGUCAUACACGUCCUCACCGACUCGCAGCUGGUAGCCGAGCAACUCAGCGGCGGAUACGAGGCUCGGGAACCAAUCAUGGCGAAGUACCUAGCACAGGUAAAGAACCUGACCGCCAAGUUCCCUCAUUUUACAUUAUCUAAUGUCCCGAGGGGCGAGAACGAGCGAGCCGACACACUAGCUAAGCUGGCGUCGAAAUCAGCCCCCGAAGCCCGGCCCGAGGUCGAGGAGCUCCCUUUCCGUGCCAUUGAAAUUGCUGCUGCGGCCUCGGGCGGCCCGUCGACCACGUGGGUACAAGAGAUGCUACGCUUCAAGCGAGACGGGACCCUUCCCCCCGAUGAGGCUACGGCUCGCCGCCUGCACCAUACGCAGGCGUGGUACUCCGAGAUGGGCGGACAGCUCUAUAAGCGGUCCUUCACACACCCUCUCCUACGGUGCUUAGAGCCCGACGAAGCUCGAACGGUUCUGGCCAAGGUCCACGAAGGAGUCUGCGGGGAGCACAUUGGCGGGCGAACCCUGGCGCAUAAAAUACUUCGCCAAGGUCUGGACCUGCUCGGACCUUUCCCGCCAGCCUCGGGACAGCGGAAAUACAUCGUCGUGGGAGUGGAUUACUUCACCAAGUGGGUUGAGGCCGAGCCACUGGCGACGAUCACGGAGCGACAAAUAGAAAAGUUCGUGUGGAGGAACCUAGUGACUCGGUUUGGCCUGCCCAAAACCAUCAUUACAGACAAUGGGCCUCAGUUCGCCAGCGGAAAGUUCCGGGAGUUCUGUGAAAGCCACGGGAUCCAGCUGAAGUUCAGCUCGGUGGCUUACCCUCAGACGAACGGGCUAGCGGAGGUAACCAACCGGUCCAUUCUAGACGAGCUCAAAAGAAGAGUGUUCGCAGCCCGAUCGGCUUGGACGGACGAGCUCCCGAGCGUCUUAUGGUCAUUAUGCACCACCCCCAAAACCGCGACUGGAGAGUCCCCCUACAGCCUCGCGUUCAGGACCGAAGCUGUCCUACCGCCCGAAGUAGCCAUUCCCACCCCUCGGACAAAAAACUAUGACGAGAGAACCACAAACGAGGGACUUCGAGCCGACCUUGACAUGCUCGAGGAACGACGUGCCAACGCACACUUGAAGGCCCUCUCUUAUAAAAGAGCCGUCGCAAGGGUCUACAAUCGAAAGGUACACCCCCGACCAAUUAAGUUAGAUGACCUGGUCCUCCGCAAGAUCGAAGUCAGUAACCCGACCCGAGCAGGGGGAAAGCUGGCCCCCAAAUGGGAAGGACCUUAUCGGGUCGUCGAAAUAAUCCGACCGGGCACAUACCGGCUCGCGACAAUAGAUGGCUCUUCUUUGCUGAGAACAUGGAACGUCCAAAACCUUAAGAAGUUUUUCAUCUACGGGAAGCGGAAGCUGGGCAACACACAAGAGAAGAAAAAUUUUCUUUUAUUUAAACAAAAAUGA